GGGUCUCCGGGAGCGAGCGAGGCGCGCGGCCGCUGCCGGCUUCAGCUGUUCUGAACUUUCUUGACUUAGUCAGCUAGUACCAUGGCGCCCAGUGAGGAAGAUGGCGUGGUGGAAGAGAAGGAAAGCAAGAAGAAGCUGGCGAGUCCGCUGGCCACUGCCUGGCUCACAUUCUAUAAUAUUGCCAUGACCGCUGGGUGGCUGGUACUAGCUGUGGCCAUGAUCCGGUAUUCUUACCAAAAAAGAACACACAAGGGAUUGUACAGGAAUAUACAAAAAUCACUCAAGUUCUUCCAGACAUUUGCAUUGCUAGAGAUUGUGCACUGUGGAAUAGGUAUAGUGCGUACUUCGGUGCUUGUUACUGGGGUCCAAGUCCUGUCCAGAAUUUUCAUGGUGUGGUUUGUUGUUCACAGCAUAAGACCGAUACAGAAUGAAGAGAGUGUCGUUCUUUUCCUGGUCACUUGGGCAUUGACAGAGAUUACCCGAUAUUCUUAUUACACAUUCAAUCUGCUCAACCAUUUGCCUUACUUCAUUAAAUGGGCCAGAUACAACCUCUUUAUCAUCUUAUAUCCGAUUGGUGUUGUUGGUGAACUCCUUACAAUUUAUACUGCCUUGCCUUUUGUGAAGAAAUCUGGCAUAUAUUCUCUGAGACUUCCAAACAAGUACAAUGUCUCCUUCGACUACUAUAUUUGUCUUAUCCUCAUAAUGAUUUCGUAUAUACCACUUUUUCCACAACUAUAUUUCCAUAUGCUUCGCCAAAGGAGGAAGGUGCUUCAUGGAGAGGUGAUCAAAGGAAAAGAGGAUUAAACCAGUCAUGAAACAACGGUGCUUUUCUCAGGAUCAUAUAUUGUUUAUAUCACAUUUACACUGAUGUAAACUUACAUUCAGUCUGAAUUAACUUGAUCUAAACCAACAACAUGUAAUAAAUGUAUGAAUUUACUGAAUUUCAGUUAAUGUAAACCAAUUGAUCUGAAUUACUAUUCCAGAUUGAUUCGAAACUUGUCUGGAUGUGGGUUAAAAUUAAACAGCUUGAAAUAGAUAUGAAUUUGAAUUCAAUGUGAAGAAUUAUUUUUAUGCCAUAAUAUCCAUGUUAUUUGUACCAAGUUUGCCCACUCCGAGAUAGAAUUUAUUCUUGAUUCAUAUACUGUACCUCGACCAACUAACAAUACAAAACUAAAUCAAUUUGAUCCAAAUGGAUUCUAAAGUUGAUGUGUAAAAGGGAUGAAAGCCAAACAAUAAAAAUCCCAGCGUUUGAAGGAUUCCGAGUUGCUAAAACUUGGAACAGAAAUAAACAGCGAGACAAAAUAUAUAUAAUGAAGUUAUGUAUGAAAUAUUUGAAACUGUCUACCCCUAUUUUGGUAAUUAUAAAUUAUAUUAAUCAGUCGCUAAGUUUUGAAGUUCACUGGAGGCUAACUGAACAAUUAUGCAUUUCUUCUGCAAGGGUAACUAUUUGCCUUCUUCACAGUGGAUAUUAAACAUUCGGUUUUAAUAGUAAAUUUGUAGCAUCAUUCCGGUGUGCAGUUGAAAGCUCCCUUUAUACUGCAGUCUGAGGGGAGGAAGACCAUCUUCAUGCAUACAGGGAGAAUGCUUUCAUAGCUACUUUACGGAUAGUCGUUAAAUAUGGAAACAAUUUUGUCAACUUUAGUAGAUGCAAACUUCUAAAGGGUUUCUGCAAAACAAAAGGCAGCUCCAAUGCCAUAGAAAUUUCCAUUUUGUAUUUCAAGCUAUUUUCUACAGGAACUGUAUCUAUAUCGAAACAAGUGUACACGCUUACAACUAUUUACCACCUUGCCGAAUUAAAUAAUGACAAAUCUUGUGCAGGCCUUCAACAGAAAAUAGCUUUGUGAGGUGUGGAUUUGAGCAACCAAGCCCACCAACUGCCAAAACCUUGGCCAUCUCAUUGGACUUGUGUUUUGAUGUGCGAGGCACUGCUGCUGUAAAGGUGACCCUGGUGUAUAUUGUCUGAUUGUCUUUAAAUUUGGGCUGCUAAUGUUCACAAAGUACAUUGAGAAAGAUUCCAUGAUGAAUUUUAUCCUUCUUGUGAUUAAUCCUGGUUUUGGACCAGAGUCUGGGAAUGUAUUGUUUAAAUUGGAAAUUUUGUUCUCAAUUUAUAACUUAAAUUUUACGAUGUAAAUAUGAAUUUUCUGCAAACACACAUCAGACUAGUUACCUAAUUUAUUUCUUGAACUGACUUUUUCUGUAACUUGGAAUUUUAUAAAGGGACAAAGUGCUUCAGUUUUUUCAAUAUAUUAAAUAUACUGAGGUGAAUAUUAAACACUUGAGUUUACUCUAUCAAAAUACAGCCUGUCUCUCCCAUCUUGUGGUUAUUUUGGAAAUAAUUCUAAGUUUAAAUCCAACAUUAAAAGUUAGAUGCAAAUAAACGUUAAUCAGCCCAUCUAGCUCAUCCGUUACAUUGUAAAAGAAUUGUGGAGUCUUCUUGCUUUUUAUAUUAAAACAUAUUUUGUGAUGGCUGUACAUAAGCAAGUUUAUAAUAAUCCUUCUGCUAUUUCAUGCCUCACUGAGAAAUUCCAUCUUUUGAAGUGGAAAGCUAAUACCAAAAGGGCAGCAAGGUACAAACUGAAAACGAUCACUAUUUACAGUGAAAUAUUAAAAAUAAAUUGAGUGAACCUAUUUUGAACUGUGUAUUAAUAUAUAUACAGUUUAUUUUAUGUGAACAGCUUAUGUCCUUCGCAAGGCUAAAGCUUACAUUUUGAAGUAUAAUGCAGUUAAUGUACAGCUAAUCAAAUCCAUCACUCUACAGUUGCCACAGAAAUGUAGAAGGGACAGGGGGAUUUCCAAAUCAGAAUUCCAUGAAAUCAAAUUCAUUUGGUGGAAUUCUGAUUUUGUUGAAGAUGUGAUUUCCAGCUGACAUGAAUGGUCAGUCCAUAUGCAAUCUUCAUGGCUUACAUGUGCAAUUUAUUUUUUAGAUUGGUCUGGAAAGGCCAGUAAAUUGAAAAUGACAAGCCUAGGGCAUUUCAGUGCCAGAUCUUACGAAUAUGUCUUUGACCUGAAACAUUGACUCUGUUUCUCUUCUCAUGAAUGCAUCUGACCUGCUGAGUAUUUCCAGCAUUUUCUGUUAUUUGUCUGAGAUUUCCAGCAUUCACAGCUUUAUGAUUUUCAAGCAUUGGGCAUUGUUGGUGAGAUGUAUGUGGCUGCCAUUUGGAAAUUGUUUUUGUUAGGUUGUUUUGAAACUGUAGUUCGUUGGUAGAUGUUAAGAUGAAUUGUAACUUAGUUUGGAGAGCUAGUGUUUUGCCCAGCAAACACCCGAAGGCAGCUGCGAUUAUUGCUGAUCUAUUUUCUCGGGACACAGAGAACCUACUGAGGAUAAUGUUGAAUAUCCUUAGCCUACCAUUAGCUUCUGACUAAUCAUGUUUAGGAGGCCGUGUAAAUGAGGAGCCCAAGGUAAGAAAGGCAUUUGCAACUUUCCCUCUGAGGCUAGGAAUUGUUUCUUGCUUCUUAGAGAAAAGUUCCUGAUUUUAUCAAAAGGGUUUCUCCUGUCAUAAGACUAACUAACUUGACAUUUGUCAAGUGGAAAGAGUUGCAGCAGCCUUCAUUCAAAUUCUAGUGGAAUACUAUCAAAGCAUCAUGAUUUAGCUGAAUUUAAGGUUCUUGCCCUUGUGACUCUGCAAUUUGUCAUUGCAAACAGUCAACAAUGAUGGCUAAUAUGAAUUUUUAACUGGUCACCUGAAUGGGCAAGAUUUAAAUUGACCCCAUUGCCUCAACUCAAAUUGAAUCUCUGUUGAUCAACAUAUGAAGAACAAUUAGACUAUUCCCAAUGCAUUUGAUUCAUUCUCUUCUACAUUUUAUUUUCUACGAGGCUCUUGUAUGGAAUUUCUGUGAAUGGUUACAUCUGUUUUCUUUUACCACUCUUAAUGUACAUUUUGAAAACUCCCUUUGAAAAGAGUUUGUAAAAUCAUUAAGUAUUCAGAAUGGGGCCUAAAGCAUAACAUUUUCAGAAGUGUUUACAUUUUAUUUGUACCAAUAGGUUUAUUUCUCAUUUGCAAAUGGGUGCUAAUUAAAUAACUGACUAUAAUAAACUUUAUAUUUAUGAUUGAUGCAGCUAAACCUGAGGUUACUUCCUCACAAUGUGCAAUAUGUUGAAUAGUAUUAAUAUUUAUCUAACUGAACACUUAAAAAAUAGAGAUUUAAAUGACAAAAGAUAAUUUAAGAUUGUUUUGUGUAUAAUCUUUUAUGUAGCUGUGUAGGCCAGACAUUAUUAUGACUGAAACACUUGUACCCCUCCUAAGUGCAUGCAUUUAUUUAAUGAUUAGUAGAACAAUAUAUUGAAUGUAUAUUUUGCAUUGUUUAAUUUAAUCAAAAUAUUUUGAAAGUAAAUGAAAAUAAACCAAACAAUGCUAUAUUCUUAACUCUGUAAUUACAAGUGUAUUACUGAAAAUGUGCCUCCAAAAUUCAUGUCAGUGUAUUGUAUAAUGGGAUUCUGUCACUUUGAGGUCAUAAGCAGAUCUGAGGCAGAGUUGUUUUGGAAAUUUUGGAGACCAAGUCUGCUGGUGAGAAGUUACUAUGUGAAGAACACACAAGUUAAAUGAAUCUGAGUGUUAUACAGACUGUCUGACAUAUAAAUAAUGGAAGAUAUAAACUUGCAUAUUUUGGAG